GCGAGGACCCCUUGUUUUCGCCCCCUUCACCCUCCGCUUCACCAUCACCCUAGCUCUUAUUCCUCGCUCACCCGAAUUCCGUCGUUGCUGGUUCUGUGGGUGCAGGCUUCCUGCAUUCGUCUCCGCAUUCCAAGCAGUCUCGUUCACCCAUCGUGGUCCAAGCUCGUUUGAGUGAGCGGCGAAGAGCAGGGCGUUGAGCCAUGGCAGCACAGGGUGUAAUGACGGGCUCCGCUGUCCGUGCCCGUGAGUGGUCAGGAUUGAGACCUGCCGACCAACUUAAGGCCACCCCAGUUGCCCGAGGUGAUAGCCACAUUGCUUUCUCGAGGAAGGGUCAUGUGGUGCAAAUGACACUCUCCGUAGAGAAGAAGCAAUUUACGACACAAAAGUCUGAAGAGACAUUCAACGCUGCCAAGGAGCUGAUGCCCGGAGGUGUUAACUCUCCUGUGAGAGCAUUCAAAUCGGUUGGAGGGCAACCAAUUGUCUUUGACCGAGUGAAAGGUUCCAAGGCCUGGGAUAUCGACGGCAAUGAAUACGUCGAUUACGUCGGCUCAUGGGGUCCCGCUAUCAUUGGUGCUUGCGACGAUCAGGUGAAUGAGGAGCUCGUCAAAACGCUCCAGAAGGGUACCAGUUUCGGUGCUCCAUGCGUUUUGGAGAAUGUGUUAGCACAAAUGGUGAUUGACGCAGUUCCCAGCGUCGAGAUGGUGCGGUUCGUGAACUCUGGAACCGAGGCUUGCAUGGGCAUGCUCCGUCUUGCUCGUGCAUACACUGGACGCGAGAAGGUUCUUAAGUUCGAGGGAUGUUACCACGGACAUGCGGAUUCUUUUCUGGUAAAAGCCGGCAGUGGUGUCGCCACUUUGGGUCUCCCAGACUCUCCUGGUGUUCCCUCCUCUUCCACAGCAUCUACACUGACAGCAGCUUACAACGACCUCGAGGCAGUGAAGGAGAUCUUUGCCAAGUACAAAGGAGAAAUUGCUGCCGUGGUGUUAGAGCCCGUCGUGGGAAAUGCUGGUUUCAUUAUCCCCAAGAAGGAGUUCCUGCAAGGGCUCCGGGACCUCACCAGUGAAGAUGGAGCCUGUCUUGUCUUCGACGAGGUCAUGACUGGGUUCCGCAUCUCAUAUGGAGGUGCCCAAGAGUACUUCGGAAUCACGCCUGAUAUCACUACCCUGGGGAAGAUCAUUGGUGGAGGACUCCCUGUGGGUGCCUAUGGAGGAAAGAGGGAGAUCAUGGAGAUGGUUGCUCCCGCCGGACCAAUGUAUCAGGCCGGUACCCUAAGUGGCAACCCGCUCGCAAUGACGGCUGGAAUCCACACUCUCCGCAGGCUGCAACAGUCUGGCUCGUACGAGCAAUUGGACAGGGUUACCGGGAAGCUCAUUCAGGGAAUCCUCGACGCUGGGCGAGAGGCUGGGCAUGAGGUUUGCGGUGGGCACAUCAGUGGAAUGUUCGGAUUCUUCUUCUGUGCCGGUCCUGUAAACAACUUUGAAGAUGCCAAGAAGAGUGACACUGCCAAGUUCGCCGCCUUUCACAGGGGCAUGCUUGAAAGAGGCGUUUAUCUUGCACCUUCACAAUUUGAGGCUGGCUUCACAAGCCUAGCUCACACAGACGAGGACAUCGACUUCACCAUUGCUGCCGCUAAGGAAGUGAUGAAGUCACUUUGAGAGGGGAAGAAUUGGCUCACUGGGUCCUCAUAGAGCCGCUAUUCAUUUUUGUUAAGAAGAGAUGUUGGAUUAGAAAGCAUACAUGUAUCUGAGGACAUAACUUGAGGUUUCUGACUUUGGUCCCUACCAAAAUUUUAUUUUAGCUUCCUUAGCAGUGCUCUAUAAAAUUGUAGUCUUUGGCGGUUUGGCUUCAGAGCAGCAGAGGUGGCCAUAUAAGUUUUGCACUGUAUACAACAGACCAAAACUCACCACUCAUCAUCACUGCUUUUAAUUUCACUAAAUUCUGCAGUGAUUUUGGUCCACGCUCGCCCGUGUAUCAGUUGUUUGCAAUGGUACUGUUUACGAUUUUUAGUGGCUCCUACCACCUAGCAAAAACAAUAAUUUGAGUUGAAGUUUUGAACCAAAAAA